UUCAAAUUGAUUGAUGAAACUUUAGAAAAAAGAAAAUAUACAUAUAUCUAUAAAUUAGGUUAAAGUAUGGUAUCAAAAUCGUCGUACAAAACAUAAACGUUUGAAAUCUGAAGAUGGAAAUAAUAGUUCAAAUGAUAUUAAUGAUGAUGAAGAAGAACAACACGAAGAAUCUAUUGAACAUGAUCAUGAUCAUAAUCAACAAAAUCAAUCGGAUACAUCAGAUAUAAUGAUUAAAAAUGAUGAUGAACAUUCAUGGGAUAAUAAUAAUCCACAUUAUCAAUUUAUUUCUCAAUCAUCAACUCCACGUUCAUCAGUUUCUGAUCGUUAUUAUUUACAUCUUGCUGCAGCAGCUGCUGCUGCCGCGAAAAAUGGUUCAUCAGAUGAUCAUCGAUAA